UGAAAUUUCUUGCGCAUGCCUGUUUGCCAUACCGGCGUUUCUGAAGAAAUCAAUGUUUGGAGACUGAACUAGAAUAUUUUGUUGUUGAAGUUGAUUAUUGGAGAAAAGUGUUCCAGUUUGUCUUGUACUGUUAGUCAUUUGUGAACUAUUUAAGAACAGAAAUGGCUUGGAUACCAUUGGAAUCGAACCCUGAUGUAAGCAGUUAAUGCAAUAAUUAAUUUAUAAAUAACUAUUUGGAAUAUCUUUGUAUUAAUGUUGCCCUUUUUUAUUUCAGGUAAUGAAUAAGUUCCUCCACAACCUGGGGGUGCCGCCGAAGUACGAGCUGGUGGACGUGUACGGGCUGGACGAGGACGUCCUGGCCACCAUCCCCCGGCCGGUGCUGUCGGUGAUCCUGCUGUUCCCGUGGCACGAGAAGUACCAGGAGUACGCGGCCUCCCAGGAGAAGGAGAUCCUGGAGCGGGGCCAGGAGGUGUCGGAGAAGGUGUACUUCCUGAAGCAGGUGAUCAGCAACGCCUGCGGCAGCAUCGCGCUCGUACACAGCGUCGGGAACAACACCAACACGAUCGAGCUGGAGGACGGGCCCCUGAAGCAGUUCCUGGAGGACUCUGCGACCUUGAGCCCGGAGCAGCGCGGGGAGCACCUCAUGCUGCAUGCUGAGGGCAUCAUCAGCGCCCACAAGGAGGUGGCCCUGGAGGGGCAGACCCAGGCUCCUGAUGAAAAUGUUCCUGUGAAUUUUCACUUUGUCGCCUUUGUCCACAAAGAUGGCCACUUGUAUGAAUUGGAUGGACGCAAGACUUUUCCCAUAAACCAUGGAGAAUCUUCACCAGAUACUCUGCUCGAGGAUGCUGCGAAGGUGUGCAAGCAGUACAUGGACCGCGAUCCCGAGAACAUCCAGUUCACGGUUGUGGCACUCACUGGUGAAGCCUAGAGCCGUUUCAGUCAAUGUGAUAUUGUUCGCUUGAUUCCUGUGAUGAGUCUCAGACUUUUGGCUUUCUGUCUCAACCUGCGUACACACGUUAUACAUAGUUCUCUCAUGCGUGUUUCUCACGCCAAAUUUCCGCUGCAGAAGUUUUUUUUUGUUUUGUCGCGUGGUGUUCUAAAUUACUUGCUGUAAGAAGUGUGCAUUUUAAAAGUUGCUUGUUUCAACGAAGGAUUGUCUGUUUAUUCAUGCCAAAUUGUUCAGUUCUUUAUUGAAUUUUCAAAUUCAGUUGUGCAUUUAGACUUAAUCACAUAUUUCUUUAGUUGACAUAUUUUUUCAGUUUGGUGUUGAGACACAAGGUUCUGUGGGCCAGUUUUCUAAUCCCAUUUAAAUAUCUACAAAUGUAGGUUUGUCUUACAUUUUUGGCAGGUGUUUUUGUAGACUGAUUUUUGAUACAAGGACAUAUCACUAAGCAAGGUUGGUGGAAAAUUUAUGCUGUUACUGAAGUAAAGUGGUUUCGUAAGCAAUGCUGAUUGCUUAAAAUUGUGUCUAGACUUAAGUCUGUUAGUGGACGUUAGUUUCCAAAGAGAGCCAUUUCGAAAAGAAUUUGACUGAAUUUUUGUUUGGAGUGAACUCACGAAUGUACUGAUUAGUAUUAUAUUUCAUUCUCCUUUAUUUUGUAUGUAAACGAUUUGUAAAUACAAAGUUGUGCUUUUAGCUGCCUUAAAUUAUGUGGUCGCUGUUUUGUGCCUAAGCUUUCAAUGAUGAAAGUAUGUACUGUCUUAUUAUUAAAUAAAAGUUGACACCUCAGAAUAGAA